AUGGAGGACAUGAUGAAUGAAAAUAAAAGUGCUCGUUUCCUCAGGGAGGCAGCGCCAGUUCCGGCUCCGUCGGGAGACGCGCACCUUAGGGGGUACUUCCGUGCCCUGGACGCCCCUGCCCCGGGACGGUUUCCUGAGUGUCAAGGGGUGUGUGCGCGACCGUGGAGACCCGAGGGACCCGUCCCUGCGUUCCCGGCACCUCCCCGGCCUCCGUGGGCCUUUUCCACGUCUCUCCUCGCCGCGGCGUUCUGCCCCCCGUCUCUGCGGCCGGAAUCCAGCCUCUCGGAGGCCGUCGGGUUGCAGGGCGGCCGGGCCCGCCAGGCUCCGAGGCGGGGCGCCCGCAGAGCCAGGGCUCCGAAGGGCCUUCCGGGCAUCGGGGAAGUCCCGAGCGGGGUGUGGGAGGGCCCGCGACCGCCUGGGCUGACCCCGGGCGCCCACGGGGCCCCUGUGGCCGCGGGUGGUGGGCUGGGCUCAGCCCCCAGCGCCCGCGUGGCGCCCCCGCUCCGAGGGGUGUGCGCAACGAGGAGCGCGCUGCGGGCCGGUGCUCGUGCCUGCAGGCCGCCCCCGCCGGCUCCCCCCGCCCCCCGGGGACCCCCAGGCCGUCAGCACAGCGCUGCGCCUCCUCAGCUCUUCCGAUGCCCGACGGGCCUGCAAGAGUCCGUUUGCACCGAGAAACGCGGGAGGCCAAGCGAGGCGGGACGAGACCAACGGCUUUUCUCCAGCCCCCAGGCCGCCGGUCGGCCCCGGGAGGUGUCGGCUCGCCCGGGGGCCUGUCUCCAGGGCCUCGGGUCUGAGCCGCCGGCGCAGGAGGGAAAGGCAGCCGUAGCAGAACUAGAAGCUGUGACCCGAAGUUUAAAGCAGGCGCGUGACCGCCACAUCCCACUCCCCGGAGGCGCCGGGGCCCGGCCUCCCCAGGCUGCCUGGCGCUCGGGGCCUAGUCGGACUGUGCUGAUGCCCCACGACUCUCCCGGAGACGUAGGGGCUCAGCCGGGUCCGCGGGGCUUCCCGGAGGGACGGGAAUCCUGCCCUACCGCACGCGUGGGCACAGAGGCCCUGCCCAGCGCCCCAGGCCCCUCCCUUCGGGGACCCGGCGGCCUGGGGGCCCCUCGACCCACGCGGGGAUAA